CUGAGCCGAGCCGUGGUGAGCUGAGCCGGAGUGAGUCGGGCUGGGCUGAGCCGCGCUGCACUGAGCCGCGUCGGGCCGGACUGAGUCGGACUGGGCUGAACCGAGCCGGACUGGGCUGAACCGAGCCGGACUGAGCUGAACUGAGCCGAGCCCAGCCGAGCAGAGCCGAACUGAGCUGAGCCGAACCGGGCUGAGCCGGAUCGGGCUGAGCCGGGCUGAGCUGAGCCAGUCUUAGCCGAGCCAGUCUUAGCCGUGUCGUGCAGAGCCGAGCCGAGCCAAGCCGAUCUCAGCCAAGCCGAGCAGAGCCGGGCAGGAUGCUGCGGUACCUGCUGAAGACGCUGCUGCAGAUGAACCUGUUCGCCGACUCGCUGGGAGCCGACGGCUCCAACUCCUCCUCGCUCCUGCUCGGCAUCAACCGCUCCAUCGCCGCGCUCCACCUGCCCGAUCUGGCCCCCGGUAACGGAUCCCACCCUCAGCUGGAGGACACGGCUCCCCGCAUCGUGGAGCACCCCACGGAUGUCCUGGUGUCCAAGGGGGAACCGGCCACGCUGAGCUGCAAGGCCGAGGGGCGCCCGGCGCCGGUGGUGGAGUGGUACAAGGACGGGGAGCGGGUGGAGACGGACCGGGAGGAUCCCCGCUCCCACCGCACCCUCCUCCCGGGGGGAUCCCUCUUCUUCCUCCGAAUCCUGCACGGGAGGCGGGGAAAGCCCGACGAGGGGGUUUAUUUCUGCGUGGCCAGGAAUUACCUGGGGGAGGCCACCAGCCGGAAUGCUUCUCUGGAGGUGGCCGUGCUGCGGGACGAUUUCCGACAGCCCCCCGGGGACGUGGUGGUGGCGGCGGGAGAACCGGCCGUGCUGGAGUGUGUCCCGCCCCGCGGCCAUCCCGAGCCCAGCAUCUCUUGGAAGAAGAACGGGGUCCGGGUCAGCGACAAGGACGAGCACCUGACGAUCCGCGGUGGGAAGCUGAUGGUGGCCAGUACUCACAAGAGCGAUGCUGGCGUCUAUGUCUGUGUGGCCACCAACGUGGUAGGGGAGAGGGACAGCGAGCCGGCCGAGCUGGUCGUCUUUGAGCGCCCAGCAUUUGGCAAGAGGCCCCACAACCAGGUGGUGCUGGUGGAGGGGACGGCGGAGUUCGCCUGCGAGGCGGUGGGGGAUCCGCAGCCGGCGGUGCGCUGGCGCAAGGAGGAGGGUGAAAUGCCGCUGGGAAGGUGGGAGGUGCUGCCAGACAACACCCUGCGGAUCAGCCGGCUGCAGGUGGAGGAUGAGGGCACCUACACCUGCCUGGCUGAUAACAGUGUGGGCAGGUCGGAGGCGUCGGGCACCCUCACUGUGCACGUGCCCCCCCAGCUUGUCACCGGGCCCCACGACCAGGCUGUCACCCCCGGCCAGAGCGUGACUUUCCAGUGCCAGAGCAAGGGCAACCCACCGCCCGCUGUCUUUUGGCAGAAGGAGGGGAGCCAGACCCUGCUGUUCCCGGGCCAGCCCCCGAUCCCUUCCAGCCGUGUUUGGGUCAGUCCCAGUGGUGCUUUGACCAUCGUCAACGUCCAGCCCAGUGAUGCCGGCCACUACCUGUGCCAGGCUAUCAGCGUGGCCGGCAGCGUCCUGGCCAGGGCAGGCCUGGAGGUGACGGGGGCACCCACUGGACUCCAGCCACCAGUGAUCAGCCUGCUUCCCGCUAACCGGACAGUGCUGCCAGUGGGGGCCACAGUGCGGCUGCCUUGCGGCGUGGGGGCCCAAGACCCCCCAGGCAGCGUGGGGUGGCUGAAGGAUGGCAGUGCCCUGGUAGGUGUCCAGCCCCGUGCCAGCCUGCUGGAGAACGGCACCCUGCAGAUCACCGGCCUCCGGGUGAGAGACUCCGGGCUCUAUGAGUGUGUGGCCACCAGCCCGGCGGGCGAGACACGCUGGGGCAGCUCCUUGGAGGUACAAGGUGAUGAAUCCGACCUCUCCCUGCCUUCCCCUGCACUCGGUCUCCUCCCUGGGCCACCCUCCGCCCCUGUGGUCACCAACGUUACCAAAAGCAGUGUCACCCUGAGCUGGAAAGGGAACGAAGACAGCGGUGCCACUGAUGUCACCUCUUACAUAGUGGAGGCUUUCAGCCAGGCAGCGGGUGGCCCAUGGCAGACAGUGGCAGCCGAUGUGGAGAGUGAGACCCACACAGUGAGCGGCCUCGUCCCCGACUCUGUCUACCUGUUUUUGGUGCGGGCAGUCAAUGCCUACGGGCUCAGUGACCCCAGCGGCGUCUCGGAGCCUGUGCGCACCCAAGCAGACACCAACCCCACGCAGCAAGGGCUGGACCCUGAGCAGGUGCAGCAGGAGUUGGCGCAAGUGGCUGUGCACCUGCAGGAACCUGUGGUGCUGCCACUGGGCACUGUCCACCUCUCCUGGACCGUGGAGCGCCAAGCACCCUUCCUUCAGGGCUACCGGGUGCUGUACCGGCGGCGUGGUGGGCACUGGGAGGAGGCGCGGACCGUGUGGGCCCCAGGGGAGCGGGGAGCCCUGCUCACCGAGCUGCGCCGGGGCCAGGACUACGAGGUCAAGGUCCGACCCUAUUUUCAUCACCUCCAUGGUCCCGACAGCGCUGUGCGUGCUCUGCGCACCCCUGAAGCAGCCCCCAGCGCCCCACCGCGAGCUGUCAGCGUGGCUGGGAAUGGUACCAGUGUCCGCAUCUCGUGGCAGCCACCACCGCCGGCAGAGCAGAAUGGUGUCAUCCGUGAUUACCGGAUUUGGUGCUUGGGCAAUGAGAGCCGCUUCCACAUCAACCAGAGCGUGGAGGGCACGGUGCUGGCGACAGAGUUGCGGGGACUUGUCCCCGGGGUCCCUUACCGUGCUGAAGUUGCCGCUGCCACCAGUGCAGGUGUGGGUGCCCGCAGCGCCCCUGUUCCCAUCCACAUUGGUGAGACCCUCAUUGUCACAACUUGCACCCAUGGGUGGGGCAUGAUGGGGUCACCCGCUGCAGUGCUGGGGAUGGCUCCUUGGCACCCCGCCGGUGUGUCCCUCUUUCCCGUGUCACUUGCAGCCCCCCUGGUGGAGCAAGAUGCGGGGCCAGCAGGUGGGAGCAGCUUGGCUGAGCAUUUAGCAGAGGUAGCCAGGCAGCCAGCCUUCAUUGCUGGUGUUGGUGGUGCUUGCUGGGUCGUUCUCGCUGCCUUUGCUGCUUGGCUCUACAGCCGCCGCCGGAGGAAGAAGGAGCUCAGCCACUUCACUGCAUCCUUUGCCUACACACCCACCGGUAAGCCCAUAGGUGCUGCGGGGUCCCAGUAUGGCCUCUCGCUGCCCUCACCCCCAUCUCUCUCCACAGUCGCCUUCCCGGCUCCAGUGCGCAGCAGCCCCAGGGCAGCUGCCGGCGGUGGUUACCCGUGGCUGGUGGAUGCGUGGCGUGGUGGCGGCACAACCAGUGCUGCCGGUUGCUUGGGGACCACUGAGAGAUACUACAAUGAUGCCGGCAUCACUCGUUACAUCGCCCAGACGGAGCAGUUUGGAGCAGGGGCUGCUGAGGGGCCGGUUUACAGCACCAUCGAGGUUGACAGUGAGGAGCUCUGCACCUUCCCCCGUCCCUUCUCACAGUAUGGGACCUCCUAUCCUGGGGGUGGUUCUCAGCCCAUGGAUGCUGCAGCCCCCCAGGUGCCCCGUGGCCGGGCUGAGCACGGGGCCAAAGCCAAGCUGGGGCAAGCAGUGAAACCGCCGGUGGUGAGCUGGACAGAGCUGCUGCCCCCACCACCCUCAGCCAGUGAGCUCAGCCAGUGCACCCAGGAGGAGGAGAAGGAGGAGGAAGAGGAGGAUGAAGAGGCAGCCGGAGGGCUGGGGAUGGAGGUGUGGUACCCUGGUGAGGACAUCCCCUGUGCCACUGCUGCAUCCUCACCCACCAUCUCCUCUGGCUGCCGUUCCACCGCCACGCUGACACCGUCACCUCGCACCACGGAGGACAUCCCUCGCCUCCGCGACUUCGAUAACUCCCUCCUGCCCCGGAGAACCCCCCAUGGCGCCAGCACCCCCUCACAGGCACCCAGUCCCUCGGUGACUCCGGAUGCCAGUGAGGGCCAUCCACCCCGAGCCCGCUGCCCUCCUGGCACAGGGAAAACCCGCGGGGUGAUCUCCAAAAGUCGCCUGAAGCCCAAAUGCAGCCGCUACCGCCGGGAAAAGCAGAUGGGAGACCUGCCGCCGCCGCCGCUGCCGCCGCCAGGCGAGACCCCCGGCCCCUCUCCGGAGCUGGAGCCAAGCGGGGCUGAGCGCAGGGUCACCCAUCGCCCGCCCCGCGGCGAUGAGGUCAUCCCCUACAGCAAAACCUCCUGCCUGCCCCGCGGGCAGGUGUCUGGCAGCUGCUCCACCACGGGCAGCAUCUCGUCCCGCGGCUCCAGCAGCUCCCGCGGCCACGGCUCGGGGCGCAGCCGGACGCCGGGGGACCGCGGCGAAGGGACCGGCCACUGCCGCCGCCCAGGGGCCCCGUUUCCCUGCCCGCCGCAGGAGAAGCGAUAAAAAGGGAGGGCGAGUCGGAGACAGAGUUGGGAACAUGGGG